AAAAAAGAGGAUAACAGGGGGGGGAUGAAGAAGAAGAAGAAGAACGUCCGCCCACCUUGAGCAGCAGCAUCUCGUGAACUAAUCGCCAGUCUGCAUGAAGACGAGGAGAACGAACGUUCUCCUGUCUCGCUCUCACACCCUCUCACGUGGGUUGCAAACAGAACUGACUGUGUUGUUCAUACUGUGCCAUAGCGCUAGAAAUCAUCAUUGACCUGCAAAGAAAAGCUCUGUGUGGAUGGCAGGCAAAGAACCAUCUAACCCUAAACCUGGAGGGUCGAAGCAACCUAGAGUACCGAGACCUUCAGGAUCUGGCCGAGGGCGCAGUGGACCUCACGGACCUGGGCAUCAAGGAGGGCCUUUCCCUUCCGGCAUGCCACCAUUUCCUCCAGUACCACCUCCGCCAGGCAUGCCGCCCUUUCCUCCUGUACCACCUCUGCCAGGCAUGCCGCCCUUUCCUCCUGUACCACCUCUGCCAGGCAUGCCGCCCUUUCCUCCUGUACCACCUCUGCCAGGCAUGCCACCAUUUUCUCCAGGGCCGCCUAUGCCAGGACCACUCCUUCCUGGACUUUCGCCAUUCCCUUUCGAACCACCUAUACCUAGCAUGCCAUUCAUGCCGCCUGGUGUGCCUGGUAUGCCUGGUAUGCCUGCCAUGCCUGGUAUGUUUGGCAUGCCUCCGCUCCCUCCAUCCUUACCAGGUCUCUCUCCCUUCAUGUCCAUGCCUACUCCAGGAAUGGGUCUCCCGGAGUUUCCCUUUCCAGGCCUAUCAUUCCCUGGUCUUCCUCCGUUUCCUAUGGGUUGCUCCAUGUUUCCCGCCCCCGCUCAACCUGCUCCCGUCCUGCCCAUAUGCAGCGGAGGCGGCGGUGGCCAGACCGUCACAGUUCCCUUCCCGAUUCCUUACCCUAUGCCAAUGCAAAUGCCAGCACCGCAAGCUCCCGUCUACGUCCCUCCGCCUCAGGCGCCACCACCUCCAGUUUACCCUCCCCCACCCCCUCCUCCACCAGCUCAGAAUCAAGACAUGGCCACUAUUAUAUCAAUGCUCAAGCAACAGCCGCCCAAACGUUCUUCAUCGUCGGAGAGCGACAGGAAGAACAAGAAGAAGCAAAAGGAGAAAGAGAAAGAGGAGAAACAUAAAGAGAAGGAGAGGUUGAAGAAAGAGAAGGAGGAAAAAAAGAAACAAGAAGCGGAAGAGAAAAAGCGAAAGAAGGAAGAAGAGGCAAGACUAAAAAAGGAAGAAGAGGAAAGGAAGCUGAAGGAAGCGGAGGAAUUGAAGAAGAAAGAGGAGGAGGAAAAGCAGAAGAAAGAGGAGGAGGAAAAGCAGAAGAAAGAAGAGGAGGAAAAACAGAAGAAAGAAGAGGAGGAAAAGCAGAAGAAAGACGAAGAGGAAAAGAAGGAAAAGGAAGAUGCGGAGGCCGCGGCUGCCGUGCCACCAGCGCAGGAGGCCGGAGAACCAGCAAUACCUGCCCCUGACUUCCUUCAGCCGGCAGAAGGUGCCGGCGGGGCUCCGGCGCCUGGUAUGGACUUCCAGGGAGGCGAAAUGGGAGACAUGAUGUACGGGGGCGAGGAAGAGAGUAACCAUCGCAAGUUAUGCCUCAUCUGCUGCUGCAUCGUCAUCGUGCUUAUUUUAGCUGGCGUUGGUGCUGUCUUUGCGUUCGCUCCACAUCUUUUAGAUUCUAUAUUGGGGAAGACGACAACCCCAACAACUAGUAACGAAACCGAUACAACAGUAACGGCUAGAAGGCGACAUCGGUCGCUGGGUACGGAGGAGCCUCUGACAGAUAAUGCCGGCAGGACUUCCCCCGAUGACGAAGACUUGUGGAAUGAUUCCACGCAAGACACUGUCGUAAAGCGCUACGCUAGGAACACUCGUCUUUCAACGAAUAACCCUCCAUCAAUUACCACAGCUGGUAACGUUGCCAACAGUUCUAACAAAACGCUCGUACGCAAACAGGAGCCCACAACGAUCCACAACGGGCACAAGGAAGACAACACAACAGGUGACAACAGUGGACCUCUUCACACAGUAGACGAGAGCGCUGCUGAACACAUUUUCCAGAUGGAAUUGAUGGAUGCGUGGACGUUCCCCACCACAACACAAGUUGGACCACUUCUCGGCGUAUACGAAGACAGCUUUCUCGAUGCUAAAGUGUACGAAGACCUAAACCGCAAGCGUCCCACUUUACCAGUACAGGUACGUCCAAGUACCACUCAGCAUGAACCGUUCGUGGUACGAAGCACGGCGAAUGUUACUGCGGUUACUGUCAACAUCACUCACUGGCUUAUAAACUCAACCGUGGAGAACAUCACAGUGGAAUCUGCAACUGAUUUGCCGAGUGCACGGACACCGCGGUGGGGGUCAAUGAGCGGAUUUUUGCCAGAAGACGAUAUCGGCGUGCCAACGACAGAGCUUCCGAUCACCAGGCGAGGCCGCAUCUCGAAAGACGUGACACUGGAGAACUUCUACAUCCCUCCGGUUCACGUGCAAGAUCCAUUGGAAAUUAUUUUCAAGAACGUGUUCAGAGAAGUUAAGGAAAGAGCCGCGUCGUUGUAUCGGGAACAUUAUAGCUAGGAAGCGUUGCAAGAACAAUCAUACCUCCAAGGAGAGGAAAUAGUAUGAUAAUUUCACCUAUAAGAGCUGAGCGUUUUAAUGCUUCAUUGUAACACUUGACUUCAAACAAUGAACCAGAUUUUUAAAAAUGG